AUGGUAUUCGCAUUAGUCACAUCUGAACUCGCCGUGCCAGCUCUCGCUGCAGUCACCUCCGCUGGAGUCACACCCAUCAGCAGCAGCGGUCAGUCAGAGAGCGCCAGUUCGCCUCGCAAGCUGCUGCUGCGUGCCUCCAAUCCCAGGCAGCUGGACGAGGUGAACGCGGAUGGCUGCACUGACGGCGGUGGUGACACCGGCAGUGGUGGCGACACCGGCAGUGGUGGCGACACCGGCAGUGGUGGCGACACCGGCAGUGGUGGUGAUACCGGCAGUGGUGGCGACACCGGCAGUGGUGGUGAUACCGGCAGUGGUGGCGACACCGGCAACGGUGGCAGCAGCAGCAGUGUGGACGUGGCAGCCAUUUUGGAGGAGCACAACAAGGCCCGGCAGGAAGUGGGUGUGCCGGACCUCUCAUGGGACGAUGGGGUGGCAGCAACAGCGCAGGCAUGGGCGAAUGAGCUUGCUUCUAGAGGAUGCAAGAUGGAGCAUGGAGGAGCGGAUGGGCUUGGGCAGAACCUGUACUGGAAGGGCCCUGUGCAGCUCAACAGUGGUGAGGACCGGGCGUCAGUGCAGUCAUGGGUGGCGGAGAAGGCUGACUGGACGUACAGCCCCGUGCCAGAGGGGUGUGCGGGCGGCAAGAUGUGUGGGCACUACACGCAGGUGGUGUGGCGGGAUACCACACAGGUGGGGUGCGGUGCUGCCCAGUGUGCGGAUGGGGGAGGCAUGUGGGUAUGCAACUACUCCCCGCCUGGCAAUGUGCUUGGGUCAACUCCUUACUAA